ACUUCAUUGAAAACAUGAACAAGUUUAUAAUUUUUGUUAUUAUGCUGGGCAUUAAGGAGACCUUGCAGCAAUCGGACUCCUCAAAUGCUCUACUGGAAAUGGCAAAAAUGUCUGUAGAAGAUUGCUAUGAAGAUGAGGCGAAAACCAAGAAAAUUGAAAUCACAGAUGAUGGCUUCCAGGAUAUUUUAAUGGGUUCCCGUGAUGCAGUGCGUAAUGCCAAGUGCAUACGUUACUGUAUUAUGAAGAAACAUGAUUUGUUUUCUGAGGAUAAUUCCCUCGAUGAGACGGCUGUAAUACCCUUCUUUACCUAUCUCUUUAAUAACGCCGUGGAGAUACAACAACUCAAGGGAAUUAUAGCCAUGUGCAAUGAAGGCAUUAUGGGGGAGACGGAUCGCUGUGAACGUUCCCACAAGGCCACCAUGUGUAUUUUGGAAAAAUUCAAUGCAGCUGGGAUGAAGAAUAUUUAAAA